AUGUGCAAAGGUCCACAAGGAAAAGGGCAUGCCUCAACAAGAGGAAUAGCUUCUUCUUCUUCUACAUGUUGUUGUGAGUUAUGUGGAUUAAGGGCUUCAUUGUAUUGCCAUGCUGAUGAUGCAUAUCUAUGUAGAAAAUGUGACAGCUGGGUUCAUGAAGCAAAUUUCUUGGCCCUUAGACACAUUAGAUGCUUUCUCUGCAACACAUGCAGCAAUCUCACAAGAAGAUGUGUUAUUGGUGCUUCAUCAGAGGUUAUUCUUCCUGUUAAUGUAAGUUGGGCCAAUGGAAAUCUUCCUAACAACAGCACCAACACAACAACAACAUGUUCAAGAAUAAUGCAUGAUAACAAUGAUGAUGGUGAUGAUGAUAUUGCUCUUUCCUUGUCUCUUUGA